UUUUUCCCAGAGGGUUUCUGCAGCAUGGGUCCUGGUUGGACGGCAGGCAUUCUGCUCUGAUUUUUCCUGUUGCCUGGCUAGUGACCCCCUACAGGAAGAUAACGGCUAAGCCAGGAGGGCGGAGCAGCCCACUACACAUGUCUGGCUGCUCUUAUCAACUUAUCAUAUAAGGAAAGGAAAGUGAUUGAUUCGGAUACUGACACUGUAGGAUCUGGGGAGUGAGGAACAAAGGACCGUGAAAGCUGCUCUGUAAAAGCUGACACAGCCCUCCCAAGUGAGCAGGACUGUUCUUCCCACUGCAAUCUGACAGUUUACUGCAUGCCUGGAGAGAACACAGCACUAAAAACCAGGUUUGCUACUGGAAAAAGAGGAAAGAGAAGACUUUCAUUGACGGACCCAGCCAUGGCAGCGUAGUAGCCCUGCGUUUUAGACGGCAGCAGCUCGGGACUCUGGACGUGUGUGUGCCUUCAAGUUUGCUAAGCUGCUGGCUUAUUACUGAAGAAAGAAUGUGGCAGAUUGUUUUCUUUACUCUGAGCUGUGAUCUUGUCUUGGCCGCAGCCUAUAACAACUUUCGGAAGAGCAUGGACAGCAUAGGAAAGAAGCAAUAUCAGGUCCAGCAUGGGUCCUGCAGCUACACUUUCCUCCUGCCAGAGAUGGACAACUGCCGCUCUUCCUCCAGCCCCUACGUGUCCAAUGCUGUGCAGAGGGACGCGCCGCUCGAAUACGAUGACUCGGUGCAGAGGCUGCAAGUGCUGGAGAACAUCAUGGAAAACAACACUCAGUGGCUAAUGAAGCUUGAGAAUUAUAUCCAGGACAACAUGAAAAAAGAAAUGGUAGAGAUACAGCAGAAUGCAGUACAGAACCAGACGGCUGUGAUGAUAGAAAUAGGGACAAACCUGUUGAACCAAACAGCGGAGCAAACGCGGAAGUUAACUGAUGUGGAAGCCCAAGUAUUAAAUCAGACCACGAGACUCGAACUUCAGCUCUUGGAACACUCCCUCUCGACAAACAAAUUGGAAAAACAGAUUUUGGACCAGACCAGUGAAAUAAACAAAUUGCAAGAUAAGAACAGUUUCCUAGAAAAGAAGGUGCUAGCUAUGGAAGACAAGCACAUCAUCCAACUACAGUCAAUAAAAGAAGAGAAAGAUCAGCUACAGGUGUUAGUAUCCAAGCAAAAUUCCAUCAUUGAAGAACUAGAAAAAAAAAUAGUGACUGCCACGGUGAAUAAUUCAGUUCUUCAAAAGCAGCAACAUGAUCUCAUGGAGACAGUUAAUAACUUACUGACUAUGAUGUCCACAUCAAACUCAGCGAAGGACCCCACUGUUGCUAAAGAAGAACAAAUCAGCUUCAGAGACUGUGCUGAAGUAUUCAAAUCAGGACACACAACGAAUGGCAUCUACACGUUAACAUUCUCUAAUUCUACAGAAGAGAUCAAGGCCUACUGUGACAUGGAAGCUGGAGGAGGCGGGUGGACAAUUAUUCAGCGACGUGAGGAUGGCAGCGUUGAUUUUCAGAGGACUUGGAAAGAAUAUAAAGUGGGAUUUGGUAACCCUUCAGGAGAAUACUGGCUGGGAAAUGAGUUUGUUUCGCAACUGACUAAUCAGCAACGCUAUGUGCUUAAAAUACACCUUAAAGACUGGGAAGGGAAUGAGGCUUACUCAUUGUAUGAACACUUCUAUCUCUCAAGUGAAGAACUCAAUUACAGGAUUCACCUUAAAGGACUUACAGGGACAGCCGGCAAAAUAAGCAGCAUCAGCCAACCAGGAAAUGAUUUUAGCACAAAGGAUGCAGACAACGACAAAUGUAUUUGCAAAUGUUCACAAAUGCUAACAGGAGGCUGGUGGUUUGAUGCAUGUGGUCCUUCCAACUUGAACGGAAUGUACUAUCCACAAAGGCAGAACACAAAUAAGUUCAACGGCAUUAAAUGGUACUACUGGAAAGGCUCAGGCUAUUCGCUCAAGGCCACAACCAUGAUGAUCCGACCAGCAGAUUUCUAAACACCCCAGUCCACCUGAGGAACUGUCUCGAACUAUUUUCAAAGACUUAAGCCCAGUGCACUGAAAGUCACGGCUGCGCACUGUGUCCUCUUCCACCACAGAGGGCGUGUGCUCGGUGCUGACGGGACCCACAUGCUCCAGAUUAGAGCCUGUAAACUUUAUCACUUAAACUUGCAUCACUUAACGGACCAAAGCAAGACCCUAAACAUCCAUAAUUGUGAUUAGACAGAACACCUAUGCAAAGAUGAACCCGAGGCUGAGAAUCAGACUGACAGUUUACAGACGCUGCUGUCACAACCAAGAAUGUUAUGUGCAAGUUUAUCAGUAAAUAACUGGAAAACAGAACACUUAUGUUAUACAAUACAGAUCAUCUUGGAACUGCAUUCUUCUGAGCACUGUUUAUACACUGUGUAAAUACCCAUAUGUCCUGAAUUCACCAUCACUAUCACAAUUAAAAGGAAGAAAAAAACUCUCUAAGCCAUAAAAAGACAUAUUCAGGGAUAUUCUGAGAAGGGGUUACUAGAAGUUUAACAUUUGGAAAAACAGUUAGUGCAUUUUUACUCCAUCUCUUAGGUGCUUUAAAUUUUUAUUUCAAAAACAGCGUAUUUACAUUUAUGUUGACAGCUUAAUUUUAAGUUAAUGCUCAAAUACAUAUUUCAAGUUUAUAUGGUAGAAACUUCCAGAAUCUCUGAAAUUCUCAACAGAAAUGUGCCAUUUUAGUUUAUAUGCAGACCUACUAUUUUUUUCUGCCUGAUUGUUAAAUAUGAAGGUAUUUUUAGUAAUUAAAUAUAACUUAUUAGGGGAUAUGCCUAUGUUUAACUUUUAUGAUAAUAUUUACAAUUUUAUAAUUUGUUUCUGAAAGACCUAAUUGUGCCUUGUGAUAAGGAAACUUUUUAUUUUUAAUGAUGAGGAAAAUUAUACAUUUCAUUCUAUGACAAAGAAACUUUACUAUCUUCUCACUAUUCUAAAACAGAGGUCUGUUUUCUUUUCUAGUAAGAUAUAUUUUUAUAGAACUAGACUACAAUUUAAUUUCUGGUUGAGAAAAGCCUUCUAUUUAACAAAUUUACAAAGCUAUAUGUCUCAAGAUUCACCCUUAAAUUUACUUAAGGAAGAAAAUAAUUGACACUAGUAAGUUUUUUUAUGUCAAUCAGCAAACUGAAAAAAAAAAGGGUUUCAAAGUGCAAAAACAAAAUCUGAUGUUCAUAAUAUAUUUAAAUAUUUACUGAAAAUUUGAGAACACAGGGCUGGGCGCAGUGGCUCACACCUGUAAUCCCAGUACAUUGGUAGGCAAGGUGGGCAGAUCACCUGGGGUCAGGAGUUCAAGACCAGCCUGGACAACAUGGUGAAACCCUGUCUCUACUAAAUAAUACAAAAAUUAGCCAGGCGUGGUGGCGGGCACCUGUAAUCCCAGCUACUCGGGAGGCUGAGGCAGGGAGAAUUGCUUGCACCCAGGAGGUGGAGGUUGCAGUGAGCCAAGAUCGCACCACUGCACUCCAGCCGGGGCAACAGAGCAAGACUCCAUCUCAAAAAAAAAAAAAAAAAAAAAAGAAACAAAAGAAAA